AUGAAUACUAUGAGUGAUACACAACAGGACAGUUCUGAUAUCUGGAAUUCUUCUUUCUAUUCCUCCUCAUCGAUCAAUUCGGCAGAUCAUGUCAAAAAUUUUAGAAAUUCAUUGAUCUUGAAUGAAAUUUCACAAGACACAGAACCAGCUGGUGAGUUGCCCGAUGGUUGUGAUUCUUCUAUUUUUCACGAGAAUGCGAUGCCACAGAAUACACAAGUUAUUGCCCAAGGUCCCAACUCAAAUGGACCACAUUCAUCAUCAAAAAUGUCUUUAGAGAAAUCGGGUAAUGAAACUAUCACUCUAAAUAUGAGUUCAUCCCCAUCGUUAAGUGCGUUAGCUGGGAUCUUGACUGAAAAAUCCAGACAGGCGGAUCGUAAAAUAAGAUCGAGCAUGAUCUUGGAGAACUCUAUUGUAGAAGAAUCAAGUGAUGAAAAAUCCUUUGAGGGAGAAAUUAUUCAAAACAGUAUUUCCGAACAGCAAUCGCUAGAACAUAUACAUGCUUCUCCCAACAAACUUAUUAAUAAAAAUAUAGCAAACCUCAUAGAUUCAUCUUCACCAAAUUUAAUCGGGUCUCCAAACCUAAUAGAUAUCCAUGAUGAUGACAGGAGGUCUAAAUUUCCUGGAGGAGCUAACAAAAACAUAAACAAGUUGAUCUACGAACAACCUGAUUUCUUGAGUUCCCCAAAUCCCAAUGGCAAGAAUGUUUUGCCUCUGAUUAACAAACCUUCGGCAAGACCUCUGAUAUCAAGCAAACAAAGUUAUUCCACAACCGUACCAAGGGUCUCUUCAAUUACAACUGAGCAGAUCAACGGAUUAUCUCAACCGACACAAUCUCAAGAAAAUGAUAACUCACCUUCCAAAUCAGCUUAUUCACAAGAUACGUUAAUACAUAGCCAAGGGGACUCUUCCACGGGAAGGGUCAUAGAGCAGGUUCCUGUAAUUAGAAAUGAAUCUACCGAGGAAAGUCCUGUUGCAUCUAAUAAAAUAGUGGGGCCUUCAGAAACGAAAUCUACAAGCAGCCAUCAUUCAACAUCUAAGAUACCUUCUAGAGAUUCUGACAAAAAAAAGUCAAUCCCAACAAAAUCAGAGAGUAAAGUUACUCCAAUAAAAAGACAAGAACCAAUAACUACACCUAACAAGAAGAAAAGCAUUUUUUCCUUCUUGAAGAAAAAAUCUCCGAAGGAAAAGAAUUCUCUCAGUAAUGGGAUUCCACAAUCCACUACAUUUUCAGCACGUUCAGAACUUAACGAUACAACUCCAGUAAAAUUAACUAAAAAAUCUCAUAGUAGUGGUAGCAUCUUCAACAAUUUUAAAAAGAACAAAGAAGACAAGACAUCUAAUACCCUAGACAUCAAAAAGACUAGAAGCAGAACAAAAUCAAAAAGUAGUAACAAUGCGAAGAUUCUUCAAAGAAAAUCCACUCCACUAGAUUUUGAGAAAGAAUUAAUGCAUCAAAAUAAAGAAAAGAUAACCUCAGAUGAGGAAACAAAGAGCAUCAGUAGAAAAGCUUCCAGAAAUAUUGAUUAUUUAUCAACAGACAAGUCUUUGAAUAACUCAAUUGACACCGGAUUAUCGCUAUUCCCCAAAUCUCUUGAUUCACAUGAAGUGGAAUCUAUUAUAUCAUUAGAACGUUCAAGAUCCUUAAAAUCAAAACGUAAUUCUAGUGCUUCACAAAGAAAAUCUUUGACAGAAUCCCUAUCUAUAAAUGCUAAAAAUGAAGGAAUGUUUAUCAGUGAACCUACAUCUGUUGUACUUUCAACACCCGAUUUAACCAAAUCACCGGCAAGCAGUAUAUUAAGAAGUGGUAGGUUUCCUUCUGGAGAUAAUCAAUCUAAUAUAUUAUAUUUUGAGGAUGAUGACGUUGAUUACACUGAGUAUAAACAAUCAAAAUUAAUAGAUAGCCAUGCUAACGACUUUUCUUUUGGAUCAUUAGAAGAACAAUUAAAUAGUUUGGUGAUAGACUCCGACCCUGAAAUGGAGGGCAAUACAAAAAUAAACAACUCAAGCACCCUCUUAACCGAAACUACCCCAGAUGAUGAACUAAUGACAGAUAUAAUGGAAUUUGCAAAUAUUAUUAACUUUGGAGAUGGUCUAGAUUUUAAUUUCGAUAUUUCUUCUAAGAAUGAGCCCCAAAGUAUUAAACAUCAAAAUAACACUAUCAACCUCGAAGAUAAUUCUCAAUCUAGCAUCCCUGUUAUUUCAAUUGAGGAUGGCUGCACAAAUUUGGAACCGACUUCUUAUAAUUACAUACAAAACAUUCAUGAGACCAUAGAACAAGAGGAUGCACAGUUUAAACAUAACUUUACAGGAGAAAAUGAAUAUCAACAAUCAGAAAAUGAUAAUUUUAACGAAGAAAAAAUAGAAUUCGAUGAUGAAGUAUUCAGAUCUGAUUUUGACAAUGAAGAUUUCAAUGAUUUGGAAGAAUUGACUGAACCUUCACAAAACAAACAUAAUGCAUUUUUACCAGAAUCUGACAAUGAUUGUAGUAGACCUAUAUCCAUGUCAUUUAAAGGUUUAAGCAACUUCCAAUCUGACAGAGAGGAUGAGAUAUCGAAGAGUGAAAACACAAUUUUCUCAGACUUGGCUACUACUAACAUGUCAUACGUCAGACCAAAUUCAAGAUUGAAAUUUUCUAAUCAGAUUAUUUUAUAUGAAACGUAUGGUGAACAUGAGUACGACCGAACACCAGAUAUUUCAGCGUGUAACCAACUUACUCCACAAUUGGCACAAAUGAUAAAGAUCGAGUUAAACGAAUUAAAAAGUGAAAUGGAAAUUCACGAGGAUUCAAAAUGUUAUACUCAUUUUUACUAG